CUCGGCCACAGGUGGAUGGAGUACCAAGGAGUUCGAAAUUGGGAAGGAUUACUUGACCCUCUCGAUGACAGAUUACGCGGCGAGAUAUUACGGUAUGGAAAAUUCGUUGACGCAGCUUAUCAAUCCUUUGAUUUUGAUCCCUCUUCACACACCUACGCUACCUGCCGGUUUCCCAAAACCACAUUGUUGGACCGGUGUGGUUUACAUCAAACCGGUUACCGGCUCACUAAGAAUCUUCGCGCAACAUCCGGGAUUCAACUGCCACGUUGGGUUGACAAGGCUCCUAGCUGGCUAGCAACUCAGUCCAGCUGGAUUGGAUACGUGGCAGUCUGUCAGGACAAGAAUGAGAUUGCGAGGCUCGGACGCAGAGACGUCGUGAUUGCCUUCCGUGGCACCGCCACAUGUCUAGAGUGGCUCGAGAACCUCCGCGCCACCCUCAGCCCAGUCCACGAUAAUGUCCAAUCUUCCCACGGGAAGCCCGGUCCAAUGGUGGAAAGUGGGUUCCUCAGCCUGUACGACUCCGGCACGGCCACGUCACCGAGUCUGAGAGACAUGUUACGUGAAGAAAUCAAGCGUCUUCUCCAAUCCUACGGCGAUGAGCCUCUCAGCUUAACCGUCACUGGCCACAGCCUGGGAGCAGCUCUCGCUACACUCGCCGCGCACGACAUCAAGACAGCCUUCAAACGUGCGCCGCUCGUAACCGUCAUUUCCUUUGGCGGUCCACGUGUAGGGAACCGUUGCUUCAGGCGACAGUUAGAGAAACAAGGCACAAAAGUUCUCCGGAUAGUGAACGACGACGAUUUAAUAACCAAAGUACCCGGGUUCGUCAUAGAUGAUGACGUGUCGAAAAAUAGAGAAGUAUACGUGGCCGGGCUGCCCAGCUGGAUCCGAAAACGGGUGGAGGAGACGCAAUGGGUUUACGCCGAGGUGGGAAGAGAGCUUCGGCUGAGAAGUAAAGACUCGCCGUACCUGAAGAGCGUGAAUGUGGCCACGUGUCAUGAGCUGAAGACAUACCUUCAUUUGGUAAAUGGGUUUGUGAGCUCCACGUGUCCCUUUAGAGCCACCGUCCAGGAUGUCUUCAACAACCAUGGGUCAUGAAAUGCGAGUUAGGGUUUCUGGGUAUAUGUGUAGAUGGUUAAGUUGGCAUUUAUAUUGUAGGGAUAUA